AUGUCCAAGAGGAACAUCACCUUCAGCAGGCCAGCCGAACCGAGUUUCUUGCGCAAGCUGAAAGAGCAAGCGGGAUACAAGGAGGGCCCCACGGUCGACACGAAACGUGAAGAUUUGGGUGCUGUACGACCGGAAGACUUUGAGGACACAAACGAAGAGUUGCCGACUGUAGUCGUGUUGAAACCCGGUGAUCUCACCGCAGAGGAAGCUGACACGUACAAGGCACAAUUAGAAAAAGAGGAAAACGAAAAGCCAGCUGAUUUAACAGCGCCGAUUAUUUUCAAAGCGCGCGAAAAACCAAACAACAAACCUCUGGAAACCGACGCGCAGGAAGAACCACCGAAGAAAAAACAAAAGAAGGUCAAAAAGACAACCAACAAACAAUUGCUGUCAUUCAACGACAACGACGACGCAGAAGAAGAAGAUAACUAA